CGAAGAUUAAAUCCAAUGUUCCAUAAAAUUAGUAAACGUCUACUCUAUUUUAAUGCUGCGUUCGCUUUACAAUUUACCUGCUCCAUACGACAAUAAUGCUUUUCGUAAUUUUACUCUUUUCCAAAGCUGUUGCAGGAGACGUGUGCUCAAAUGGAAGCCUAAAAGAUUUCACGGCUGAAUUUGCGGUCUUAAAAUCCGAGUCCGGCAUUCCUAUAAGAGACAAAGUGAACUCAAUGACGAUUGGGCCCCGGGGUCCGAUGUUGCUGCAGGAUUUCGUGUACAUUGAAGAAAUAGCACAUUUCAAUAGGGAGCGGAUACCGGAUCGAGUGGUGCACGGGAAAGGGAACGGCGCCUUCGGUUACUUCGAAGUCACCGACGACAUAACUCGAUACACUAGGGCGAAGCUCUUCAACAGGUUGGGGAAGAGAACAUCCAUUGCAGUCCGGUUCUCCAUUGCAAAUGCUGAAGUGGGCUCUCCGGACGCAGUCAGAGACAUUCGUGGAAUGUCCGUCAAGUUCUACACCGAGGAAGGAAACUGGGAUCUUUUGGGACUCAGCGUUCCCAUAUUCCCAGUUAGAGAUCCGCUUUUGUUCCCGAGUGUAAGCAGAGUCCUGGGAGCGGAUCCGGUGUCUCACUUGAGGCAAAUUUCAGAGGCCUUUUGGGAUUUCCUCACACUGCGGCCAGAGGUGACGGGGGCAGCGGUCUUGCUCCUUAGUGACCGAGGGAUACCACAGAGCUACCGGAAUAUGGACGCAUUUGCAGUUAACACCUUUAAAAUGGUCAACGCCACUGGCAACGCUGUAUUCUGCAAAUUCUCUUGGUUGACUGACCAAGGUACCAGAUACUUGAUACCUUCAAGAGCCCGUCAAGUUUCCGGAACCGAUCUGGACUCUCACGGAAGGGACCUCUUCCAGGCCAUAGAGGAGGAAAAUUAUCCGUCCUGGACUCUCUAUAUACAGGUCAUGACGAUGGAACAAGCCAAACAAGUAGAUUUCAACCCCUUCGAUGCUACAAAGGAAUGGUCUCGUGAUGCUUUUCCUUUCAUUCGUGCCGGAAAAAUUGUACUCAACAGAAAUCCAAAGAACCAUUUUGCUGAAGUCGAACAAUUGGCGAUGAGUCCAGCGAAUUUAAUCCCAGGAAUUGAGCCUAGCCCUGACAAAGUACUUCAGGGCAGAUUGUUUUCUUACCCGGAUACACAGCGGUAUCGACUUGGUGCCAACUACAAUCAAAUUCCAGUCAACUGCCCUAUAAAGUCGAUACCAAACAAUUAUGAGCGAAACGGCUUCAUGACACUAACAAGAAAGAAAGGGACUCCAAAUUAUUAUCCCAACAGUUUCAAAGGUCCCGUACAAGAUCCAACAGCACUGGAGAGUGCUUUCGACGUUUGUGGAAUCGUGGCUCGACAUGACUCUUCUGAAGAAGACAAUUUUUCUCAAGCCCGAAUCUAUUACAACCAAAUGGAAGAAGACGAAAAGGAGCGCCUGGUGCAGAACAUGGUGUCCCCUCUACAAAGGGUUUCGAAAUGUUUGCAAGACAGAGCGGUGGAUGCUUUAUUAAACGUUGACCCGGACCUAGGUCAAAGAAUUAUAGAAGGCCUGAACAAAACGGAAACCUAACAGAGAAAUGUGUCAUCUGGUCCCAUCAUCAGAGUUGGAGAGCCUAAAAUCAGCAUCAUUCAUUCUAUCGUUUUAUAUUUUUAUACUCAUGAAGACCCACAGAGAAGUGUUUUGCUGUUGUUUGAAAAAGCCUGUUAAAUACAUGUAAAAACGUUACACGGAUUUAAAAAAAAAGGUUAUGAUUAAUUUAUUUUUUGUAGCAGCUGUGUAAUAAAAAUAUGAAUUUUUUUUUGUAUAA